ACCAGCCUUAUCGGAGCCAAUUUUGAGGCUAGAAAAUUAACGACUGGCAGUGAUAAAUGGGGACUUUGCAAGCGUUCCAAAUGCCAUUGGCAUCUUCUUCAUCUUCAAUCUCAUCUCCUCCUGCACCUAAAACCCUAUCCACAUGUAAAUCAUUGUCAGUGAAUCUCAGGUUGAACAAAGUCUACAGUUUGACGAGUCUCCGGAGGCGGAGGAUCGGUGGUGGAGUUCUGCUCGUUGCUGGUGUAGGUAAGGGUGAGGAAGGCACACGACAAGUGCAAAUUGAUGAAGAUGAAGAUGGUGAUGGCCAACCAGAAGAUGAUGUGGACUUCCAAAGAGUUCGCCAAGUUCAAAGAGUUUUAGAACUGCUCAGAAAGAACCGAGACAUGUUAUUCAAUGAGGUUAAACUUACUGUGAUGAUCGAGGACCCUAGGGAAGUUGAGAGAAGGAGAUUGCUCGGCAUUGAAGAUCCCGAUGCCCCUACCAGAGAUGAUCUUGUGGAGGCUCUGGAACAAGUCAAUGAAGGGAAGAUCCCCACAAAUCGUGUUGCUCUCAAGAUGCUAGCUGAGGAAAUGACCAACUGGCCCAAUGUAGAAGUGGAAGCACCGAAGCAGAAACGUAGCAAAUCCCUCUAUGCAAGGGCGACAGACACUGGUGUUAAUCCUAGAGAAGCUGCUAAGAGGCUAAAUAUCGAUUGGGAUUCUGCUGCUGAAAUUGAAGAUGUUGAAACUAGUGAUGAAACAGAAGUCCCCCCUGCAGUGGGUUAUGGGGCACUGUACUUGGUCACAGCCUUUCCAAUUAUCAUUGGUAUAUCUGUAGUGUUGAUAUUAUUUUAUAAUUCUCUUCAGUAGAAAGUUUGGACAUACCCUUAUCCUUUUGACUUGAAUGCAUAACCUCUAUUUAACUACGGUUUUUAUUUUAUCACC